AUCGUCUGUAUAUUUUUUGUAGCCUGUGACUGGUAGAACUUGCUGCAGUCUUUACUGAUUUGGCUCUCGUCUGCUUUUCUGUGGCCCAGAUUAUUCUGGAGAUCAGGAUUUUGGAAAUUUCUCUAAAAAGGAGAUACCAAUUGAACAACAAUCAUGGUGAUGCAAGGCUUGACUCCUAGCAGUUUAAAAAAGCACCCUGCGCUUAUUCCCUUGUUCGUUUGCCUUGGUGUUGGAUGUACAGGUGCAGCUCUGUACACCUUGAGGCUCGCUACCAGGAACCCUGAUGUAACAUGGAACCCCAAGAAGAAUCCAGAGCCCUGGCAGGAUUAUGCUGAAAAACAAUACAAGUUCAUGAAUCCCAGUGGUCUGGAUGUUCCAAAAAGCCCAGCUCCCAAAUAUUAAGGCGUUAUUUUUUCCGGUUUCAGUCUGGAAUAGACUUUUUAUAGAAUAUAUAGGCAGCAAUCAAUUUAUUGGCAGGAAGAAUCAUUAUAUUCAUAAAUGCUCUAAUGCCGAUAGAUUGUGUGAAUUGAAAUAAAAAAAUCUUUCCUGUCUGUUUUCAUCUAAGUCACGAAUAACACUGGCUCCUACUUGUAUAUGAUUAUGAUAUAAGUUGUAAUAAUAAAGGUCAAAGAUUUAUUUCUAUGUUGUUGACAGUAUUACUUU